AUGAAAGAAUGUCAAAUUAUCUCAAUGCCACCCAUCACAAUUCCUCCCCCUUUUGCUAGACGAUUCUUGAAAAUUGGGGAAAAUGCUAAGUUCAAAAAAUUCCUUGAUAAAUUUAACAACCUCUCCAUUAACAUUUCUUUAAUAGAAGCAUUGCAAAAUAUGUCAGGGUAUGCUAAAUUUAUGAAGGAAUUGGUCUCCAAGAAGUGGCUUGUGGGGGAUGAGACAAUAGAAGUGACACAUCAUUGUAGUUCUAUUAUGUCAAGCAUGAUGGCAAGAAAUAAGAAAGACACUGGUGCCUUCACAAUUCCGUGUACCAUCGAAAUGUUUAAGUUUGAAAAAGCCCUGUGUGACCUCGAGUCAAGUGGAAAUUUAAUGCCAUAUUCCAUUUUUCACCAGCUCAGAUUAGGGAAACCACAACCCACCAUAAUGAGAUUGCUCAUGUCCAAUCGAUCCAUCAAGAAACCCAUGGGAAUACUUACUAAUGUGCUAGUUAAAGUCAAUCGGUUUAUCUUCCUGGCCGACUUUGUGAUCCUUGAUUGUACUUUGGACCAUAAAAUUUCUAUUAUUCUUGAAAGGCCAUUGUUAGCCACCGAAAAAGCAUUGGUAGAUAUUGAAUACGGAAAGAUAAAGUUUUGCCUAAAUAAUGAAGAAUCUUCUUUUAAUAUAUGCAAGUCCAUGAAACAACCAAUGGAUUUACAAGUCAUUUCGAUAGCUAAUACCAUUUAUGGUGAGGUGAAGAAUUAUGUCAAUGUGAGUUUGGUGGAUGAUCAGUUGGUAGGGAUUUUGUGGAAUUGUGAAAGAGAAGAAAUUGAAGAUUUUGAUGAAUUAGUUGCAUCUUUAAUGGGACUUGUAUCUUAG